CAGAGAUGGAGCGAGAAGAUGGAGGAGCUGAAGAAUACACAAUUCUCAAGUGCAGAAGAUGCAGCCUCACUACUACUGCAUAAGGAACUUGUUUGGGAGAAAAAUAUUGUGAAUUUUGAGCUUUAUGAUGCUGUUGAAAAGGGGGAUGUGGUUAACUUUGUUGAUGUGUUGGGGAAAGAAUGUGCAGAAAGGAAGGUGCCUUUGUCUGAUAUUUUUGAUCAGGUAACAUGGGCAGGUGAUUCACUGCUUCACGUGGCCGCAGAUUUUGGGAGUGAACAGAUUGCAGAGUUGAUUUCUUGUCAAUUUCCUGAGCUUCUUACUAGGAGAAAUGUGAGAGGUGAUACUCCACUUCAUGUUGCUGUGAGGUCCAAGAACUCCACUAUAGUCAAGCUUGUUCUGUCUCAGUAUGCCAUAGAGAAGUCAAAACACGAUGGUUUGAAGGAUAAGGAGAUAACAAGAGAAACAAAUGAGUAUGGGAAUACUCCUUUACAUGAAGCUGUCUAUAGUGACCAUUUUGGUUUGGUUGAAGAGAUUUUACAUGCAGAUGAGCCUGUUGCACAUUAUCUGAACAAGUCCAGGUCUUCACCACUGUUCUUGUCAGUUAUGAGUCCAGAUCUGAAAAUUUUGAAUCUUCUGUUACAAAUUCCCUUUCCUGCUGAUCAACCACUUCCACAGUGUUUCGGAAACUCUCCACUCCAUGCAGCCCUUCGAGAAAGGAAUCCUGAUCUAAUAAGAGAGAUAUUAGGGAAAAGAGAGGAGCUAAUUUACUUGAGAGAUGAAGAAGGGGGUACUCCCUUUCAUUAUGCAGCUUACACUGGUUAUGUUGAAGGAUUUCGUAUAUUGUUACAAAAUUUAUCAGAGAAAUCAAACCAAAGUCUCCUAGAACGGAACAAGAAGGGAAGUUUUCCCAUUCAUGUUGCUUGCAAAAGGGGUCAUGUUGAGGUGGUCGAAGAAUUCCUUCGACAUGAAUUGCCCAUUAAUCCUUAUGUUCUACUCAAUCAAAAAGGUCAAAAUAUUCUUCACAUUGCAGCGAAGUAUGGAAGAACUAAAGUGGUACAACACCUAUUGCGGAAUCAGAAGAUCGAUCAGUGUGCUAUAAAUCAUAGAGAUAAUGAUGGAAACUCGCCAUUGCAUUUGGCUUCCAUAAAUUUAUUUCCAAAAGUUCUGUAUUUUAUAGCACAAGACAAGAGGAUUAACGUGAAUAUCACCAAUAACCACGAUUUAACAGCUCGAGAUAUUGUUCAAUUGGAAUUUAAGACUCAGGAGACUGUUCGAAAGCUUCUAGCCAAUUCGGCUUUGAUCGAAGCUGGCGUAUCCUUGAAGUUAAAUUCCAUGUUGCGUCUUCAACGCCAACAAUCACCCAAAAGGGAUUUGCUUUUAAAAGAUCCCAACACAUUCUUAGUUGUGGCCACUUUGAUUCUCACUCUUACAUUUACAGCUUUUUUUAGUGUUCCAGGAGGUCUAUACAGUUCUGAUGACCCAAAUUCAAAAAAAACAGGGAUGGCUGUUCUGGAUCAUAAACCAGGUUUCUGGAUUUUCAGCAUCUAUAAUACAAUAGCCAUGUUUAGUUCUACAGCUGCAUGUAUACUGAUGUUGGUGGCUCAAACUUUUGACUCUGAAUUGGCACGUAAGGCAACUUUGAUCGCAACAGUGUGUUUGUAUAAUUCCUUUUCAGUAUUGCCAACUCCUAUUGGGGGACAUGCUCUUAGGAGUUUUAUUGCAUUACUACAUUACGACAAUAAGCCAGAGGAUUCCUCUUAUCAGAAAGUGAUCAAGGACAACGAGAAGUUUGUGUAA